CUACGCCGCAAGUUCCUCGGAACAUCGUAUCCGCACUCGAAACUUGCGGGAGGGAAAGCCCACGUGACUCACAAGCGCAGAUUCGAAUACCGGAGAUACUCAAAACGUGAAAAUAAUGAACGAGUGGAUACGCGCAAUGUGAUCCAAAAUUGCAUUAUAAAUUAUAGAUUAUAAAAUCCGAUCUGUUUUCUUCAUUUUUCCUAUCAUCUUUCUACAAUCACCCGCACAGUUCUCUUCCGCCAAACAUUUUACCGUUUCACUAAUUCGGACGAAGCGGAAGAACGACACCCUCCUAUUUUUUCAUGUAACGAAAAAGAAUACAGAAAAAUAAUAAAAUAGGUCAUCGGAGAAAUCAAUUUCAGGUGCACGUAGAACUUUGAUUUCCAAUCGGUUGAACGGAAAAACCAACCGUUUCUUUUUUUUCCCGUCUGUUCAGUCGGGGGUAAAAAAGUGAGUUAAUUAGACCAACCCCCUUCGAGAGAAAGGGUGACAAUGUUCGCGGAGUACACGGGAAAACCUCUCCGCGGUAGAGGCAAAAAGUAAAAACAGAAGAGAAGAAAAAAAAGAAGAGGAAAAAUGUUCGGCGUUAUCGAGUGCGAGAGAACGCGAAUGUUUGAAACGUAGUGUCCGUCCGUGAAGUAAUCGCGAAACAUGUGACAAUGCGUUGCAGAAGGUCUUGUUACCUUCUGCCCUUAACUUUCGUGCUGCUUUUAUUAGUUGGAUGCAGCGAAGGUUAUCUAAACAUAUUCAUCAGUCAAGCUCAGGUCAUGAAACUUCUUGGAUUGGAAGCGGAAUUAUUCUACGUCCGAGAGGGUGUGGUCAACACCUAUGCGAUGACCUUCGUAGUUCCGGUUCCGGCGAACAUCGCUGACCUCGAGUUUUCGUGGCAGAGCCUCGCCGGGCAUCCGCUCGCCUACUCGAUGCAACUGGAUUAUGACGUGGUCGGCGUACCGGGCAGAGGUGGUACGGGAAUGAUGGCCCUUCUGCCACCGAGAGUGAACGUCUCGGCUAAGGGAGAAGUUCCGAUAAAUCUCCAAGUGUUCAGAAUACGACUGCCAUGUUCCGGACUAGUGAGCGCCGAAAUUCCCAUGGUACUCAGACUCAACGUUACCGCCCCUCCCGGCACACGGUACAACGACACGAUCCUCGUCUUCAGGAGGAACAAAAUUUGCCUCAAAGGUGUAGAAACACCGCCAAGGAACGAUUCGGUGAAGCUGGAAGCGGGUCCGUUGGUCACAGGAAGCGGUGCCCUUUACGUGGCCGCGACUUGUGCUUGCGCCUUGGUUCUGGUCAUCGGCACCGUAGCCAGUGCCUUGUACAUCCGAAACAGCAAAGCGAGGGUUCAAGAAUCGCAAAAAACGCUACCGUGUUGCAGUUACACCGCAGCCGGUACCGGAGGACUUACCGGUAGCUCGGUUCUCGUGAGGGUCGAUCAAAGACCGGGAAGUGCUAACUCCGGUAGCUACGCUACGAUCGCUGACCUUGAACCCCUUUACGCCAGACCCUGCGGGUCCAGGGCGAGCUACUACGCGGCCAGUCACGUCACACAUCUCAGUCAGGCCACAGAUCCGUGCGAUAAGGCGAGGGCCCUGGCGGUCCCUAGGUCCGCGUUGCACUGUAGAAGCCUCGCCCAGGAGGGCACUUUUGGACGAGUUUUCAAAGGAACAUUAGAGAUAAUCGGUAGAGAGCAGGAAGUCAUCAUUAAAACGGUCACGGAAGUAGCUUCCGCCUAUCAGGCGUCCCUCUUGGUCGUUGAAGGAUCGCAGCUCGCUGGUCUGGUACACGGUAACAUAGCAUCGCUAGCCGCAGCUUGCCUUGACAGUCCCUGUCCACUUCUUGCCUAUAAUUGCGCGCCGAAUGAGCUAAACUUGAAGCUCUACUUGACGGACGGCGGGUAUCACCCCGUUGCCAGAGACCUGGUACAAGUCGGUGCUCAAGUCGCUAGGGCCGGAGCUUUUUUACACGGUCGAGGACUCUUGCACAGGGACAUAGCGGCUAGGAAUUGUCUGAUAGAACCCACCGGUUUGCGGGUCAGACUUGCCGACGGCGCGUUGGCCAGAGAUCUAUUCCCACAGGAUUACCACUGUUUGGGGGACAACGAGAACCGACCAAUUAGAUGGAUGGCACUGGAAACUCUUCUGCAUAAUCAAUUCAGCACUGCUACGGACGUGUGGGCAUUCGGCGUACUCCUGUGGGAAUUGGCCACCAUGGGGCAGCAACCCUACCUGGAAGUUGACCCCUUCGAGAUGAUGGCGUGUCUGAGGGACGGAUACAGACUCGCGCAGCCAAGACCGUGUCCCGACGAACUCUUCGCGGUCAUGACCGUAUGCUGGCUCGGAGCUCCUCGGGAUAGGCCAACGAUGCCUCAGCUCCUCGCGUAUCUCCAAGAGUUCCAUGACGCACUUGGAGGAUUUAUAUAAACGCAAAAUUUUACGGAAUACCUUACGGUGGUUGCGAUCGAUCGUCCCUCUCGGAGGGACACUUUGAAAAUUCUUCCGGGACGUUGUCGGUGACGAUAUUGAAACUUUUUAAAGGUGCGGUUGUCUCUCGUAGAGCGAUGCCUUUGUGAUCCGUUACUCUUUUUGAAUCUAGUUUCUUUUUAUACUUUUUCAAAUUUAUUUUUCAUUUCUGUUAUUAUUAUUUUUCAUUUCAAGAGAACCGGGUCUCAGCCUUGCCCCGUUUGAGGACGCCAUGUGUCAACACCUUACGAAAUCUUAUCUCGUGAGAUACAAAAAGGUCAAGAAGCGAGACUACGUAUAACUACAAAGUAAAAUGUCCCAAACGAAGAGACAGAAUGUGCGAGAUAGCAAUCGCCGCGAAGGAUGCUGUCCCAGAUUAAAUUUAUAACAUAGAACCAUCACUUUGCCAAUACCUCGUGCGAUCGUAUGGCUAGGUAUGCACGAUAUGUCUGGUAUACGUUACGCGUACUCGUUGCACCUGCCUAGAGAUACGUCUGCCGUAAUUAUUUCGCAGGUACGAUUCGGGACGAUGUAAAAAUACAGAAAUUUCAACAACGUUUAAAUAAAUUACCGCUUAUGGCGAUCGGUCCGAUCGAUCGCUCGCCCAAAAAAAAAAAGUAGGUAUAUGCUUUUAUUUUUGUUCAAUUUUCUUUCCGAAAUGUGCAAUUGUAGGGUCCAAGAAGAAGAGAAUUGUUUAAAUUGAAGGAAUGAAGUUGAGUCGACGGAAGACCGAUAAAUAAAUAAGUAUAUAAAUAAAUGAAUGAAUAAAUAAAUAUAUAUAUAUAUAUGUAUACAUACAUGAACUUGAAUAUUAUACGUAAGACUUUGGAACGCCGAAAUAACUGUUGAAAGUAUGAUAGAGCAAAGGGAGAGAAAAAGAAAAUUGGAAAGAAGAAGAAAAGAAAUUAAUUCAACCGGAAAUCGAACCCAACGAAAGUCUGACAAUGAGUGAAAUCAACUGACAUGGAAUUGAAAUCAAUUGCUCAACUAAUGAGCAUCCCCGUUUCGGUUAACGAGAUAUUGAAAAUCAGAGCUUAUUAAGUUCCGAACGAAAACUUAUGCCGAGGGAUGUUUGUUACCCAAGCGUUGCAACAUAAUCAAACUCACCACUUCAAAUCUACUUAUCUACUACCAAUGGAGGCUGUAAAAAAUCGCAUCGUUAUACUAUCCUUCAAAAUACAUAAUGCAUCUAUAGAUUUAUUCCGAUAGCUAUUUGAGAAAUCAAUCACUGCCACAGAUUAUAUCGCCCGAUAGUCUCUCUGAACUCAAACUGCCAACGUUUCAUAAUAAACCACAGAAGACUUGCAAUUUUGCUUCUCGAAAAACCGGAAGGCAAAUUAUCGCUCUAGAAAUAAAAUAAAAUACAUAAAAUACAUCGGUCAAAAAAUGUCUCAACAGAAAAUUAAAAAUAAAAAAAAAAAAACUGCCAACUACAAACCAUCCACAAUUCCAAACGAGAAAAUAAUGAGAAACAAAUACAAUUAAUUUCUUCAAUGUAUACUCGAUGUAUAGAUGUCGCAUGUUUCCAUCUACGAAGUUGUCUCUUUAAGCUAUACAUUAUACCUACCACAGUCCAUACUAUAUUAUAAUAUCCAUUUGAAUUUCAAGACAAUGUAUCAUGAUAUUUUUAAUUGUAUCUUCUUAUCUAUUUUUUUUGUUUCGAACCAAAGAACGGAGUAAAAUUGAAAAAGAAGAAUGGAAAAACUUUAAUAAUUAUACCUAUAUCGAUAUAAUGAUAUCUACUAUAUUUAUUCCUGAAUGUUUCAUGGAGGUACAGGGUAGGAUAGACUACACUUCCUUACUGUCGCUAUGGAUUGUCAACGACAACGUGAUCCCUCGGUGCAUAUGAAUACAUUAUACCUAUAGGUAAAAUUACGUCGUACGAGUUAUCGCAGGGAGAAUUUUUGAGUGAGUGACGAAAAAAUAUUUAAUAGUAGAGGGAUCACAUUGUGUUUUCGCGAUCUCCAAAUUUAAUCUAUAUAUAUAUUAUAUUAUACACAUACCUAUUGUACGUACUAUGCGCUAUAUGAAUAUAUAAACGGUGUAAACUUUUUGCGAGACCUCUAUAUAACGAGCGGGUUAACUGCCAAUUAUAUAUCAGUACUCGAACAAAGUUUUGGCUAUGUAAAUAUUAUAUACGUAGAUAGCGAACGAUACACAUACUACCUAUAGCGGUGAGCUAAGUGGGUUGAUGAUUUGUGCAGAUUUUAUCAUUUUCUAUACAAUUUAUAUAUGUAUAUUUCAAAAUAUAUAUAUAUACGAUGUAUGGCAUUAUUUUUCAAUGGAAAAUAAAACGUAAGUGUUGAAAUAUCCUUAUCGAAUU